AUCAUGAAUCCAGGGGAGCAAUCCUUUAUGGGGACGAAGUCCUAAGUUAUCGACUUAGGCCGAAUUGAAAAUAUCUCUUGUUACUGAAGAAAGGAGGAUUCGCCAUCGACUAUAUGCAAAAGAAGUGUGGACAAUCGAGAGCGAAAUUGCUUUUCUCAACUAUCGUGGCGAGACGAUCCUCGAUGAUUCACACUCAAUCAUGAAUCCAGGGGAAGCAAUGUUGGCUUCUCAACUCGCUGCAGAGUUGUUGGGCAUCGGUGUGAGGGAUGUCCUCAUUGUGUCUCCGUAUCGAGCUCAGGUCUCGGAAACGGCAAAUAUAUGGUCAGCAUCGUAUCCACAUUCGGAGUGUAAACCUCGCAUCCAGACAGUGGAUAGUUCUCAGGGGUCAGAAGCGGAUGUUGUCAUUGUGUCACUGACUCGGGCAAGAGGCCCGCCUGGACUUUUGCGUUCAACAAAGCGAACGAACGUGAUGAUUAUAUCUUUGUCAUGGAGCAGACCCGCGGUCUCACCGCCUUAUUCUGCCAGUCAUAUAGUGUAUAUUAGCUACCCCGCUCUCCUCGCGGGACUUAGUAGAAUUCAACCUUCCUACACCUUCACUGUGCCAACAAUCUUCUUUUUAUCUUAAUAUUUUCUCCUCUACUCUUCUAUUUAUUCUUUACUUUAUUCUUCUCUUAAAUCUAAGCUUAAGGGAGCGAGAUUAUUUUAUAAUUAUUUUUUCCCUUUAAAAAUAUCUACAGCGCCUCUUA